AGUCUCCCUCGGUCUGGCCUGGAUCAGCUCCAGCGCCCACCUCCAGGCCCGGCCCAGCGCCAGGCGAGGGGCGACGCCUGGAGGCAAAAUCGAGGAGGUGCAGGAGGCGAACUCUGCGUGGGCCCUGUGGUCGCCGAGAAGCCUGAGGCUCUCAGCUGCGAUGGCGGAGGAGCAGGAGUGCGGUUCCGCGAAGUCCUGCGCCGACCUUGAGGCAGCGGGGGCUGCAGAACCUACGGGGUCUUCACCGGAGACCAGCGCGGUCGCCGCAGAGUCGCCGGAGCUCCAGGGCCGCAGUGGCAAGUGCGUGUUCUGCCGGAUCGCGGGGCAGCAGGACACCGGCACCGAGCUCCUGUACUGUGAGAAUGAAGACCUAGUUUGCUUCAAAGAUAUCAAGCCAGCAGCACCUCAUCAUUAUCUUGUGGUGCCAAAGAAGCAUAUUGAAAACUGCAGAUACCUAAAGAAAGAUCACCUGGAACUGGUUGAGAACAUGGUAACUGUUGGAAAAACCAUUCUUGAAAGGAAUAAUUUCACUGACUUUAAAAAUACAAGGAUGGGUUUCCAUCUGCCACCAUUCUGCUCCAUUUCCCACUUGCACCUUCACGUUCUGGCACCAGCCGACCAGCUUAGCUUCUUAUCAAAAUUGGUUUAUAGAGUGAAUUCCUAUUGGUUUAUCUCAGCUGAUUAUUUGAUUGAAAAACUAAGAACAUGAAAAUGUCAACAGUGGAAGAUUUUCCUAAUCUUGGCUCAAUAUAAACCAAUAUUUUGGUCUUUUGAAGUCUAAUUACAAUUGUAAGGUUCAUUCGGUUUUAUGAGAAGCUAUUAUUGGGUAGCCUUAAAUCUUUUUUUAAUGUUUAUUUCCUGAAAUCUGUGACAGUUACAUGAAUACUUUGUCAUUGACUUCUUUGUUUUAAUGGUACCUUGACUAAGGUAUAAGAUACAAUAGAUAAAUCCCAUUAAAACAAAUUCUGUUAAUCAAGAAGGGCUCUCUAUUUUUUUUUAAAAAGUUCAAAUAUUUUUAUUUCUCAGUAGUCAAUUAUAAUAGUGAUUUAUUUAUGAAAAAUAAACUGGUAUUAAAAGUACUUUUGUUGGAUCCCUUAUUAAAUGAAGGAGGAAAAGAAGUUAUUUCUUGAUCAUUCUAUAAUUUUUCACAUUGAAUUUCAAAAUAAAGAGUACCAUACUACACAGUGCUCUCUAAUCUUGUUGAUGGAAAAAGUUGUACAUGUGUCACUUUUUAUUCAGAUUUCGGAUGCUGGUUUUCAUUUCUGGAAACCUAGCAUCUUUGUAGUAAGUUGAUCCUGAAAACUAUAUAAUAUAUAUAAAAUAAUUUCUUUCUAACAGUGAAUUUGCCAUAACAAUCAAUUUGGCUACACAAGAGAAUUCAUUGCAAUGGAAUUUUAUCUGUAAGAACAUAAAUGGGGAAGGAAAAUAAAGUAGUUACAUGAAUGUAUUAAAACUGGAAGAAACUGUUGCUUUAUGACUUGUUUAUUGUACCAAAGGAAAAUUAGAAUUACAAAGUGGUUAGACCAAUCUUUUAUCAUGAAAAAGUCCUUAUUUGAAAGUAGAGAUAGAUAGGCUUGGAUGAGAAAAUUUUACUUUAAUAACACAACAUUAAUAUUACUGGCAAAUCAUUUCAUGAGACAUAUUUCUUUAGGGAUUGUCUUUUGGUGCUGAUCUACACUAACAAUAGUGAAUGUGACUGAAGAGUAACUACUGAAAGCUAAUCUUACAUUGUGCCACUGUGUAUAAUAAUACUGUGUACAUGAAUAUAAAUGAACAUAAAGAUUAAAGUAUUGGUGUUAGAAAUAGGCUGAGAAGACUAGGUUUUUUUCCCCCUUCCUUUUUUGGGCCAUGAUAUUAAACAUAGUUUUCAAUAAUGAAAUACUUAUUACAAUAUUUAGUUACAACUUCUGAAAUCAGUACUGUUUAGUUUACUUGUUCAUCUGUUCAUUCAACAAACAUUUGCUGAGCAUUUAAUGUGUACCAGACAUUGUCAGGAUCAGGAAAUACAGAAGUGAGAAAGGACAGUCUGCCUCCAGUUGCUAAUACAAGGAUCAGACCUAACCAGUCAUUACAAUUUAGUAUGUUAAGUGCAGUAAUGUACAUAGAAGAGGCUGUGCAGAGGGAAACACUUUUGAGAGCAGGUGGCAGUAAAACUGAGUAUUUAAGACAGUGUUAGGCAGAUAGGUAGUGGAAGUUCAGGCUGGGAGAUGCACAUGUACUUUCCUUGAGUUCUCCUUCCAAGUUAUUUUACUUUACAAUUGAGUGUCCGAGUUUCAUUUUAUUCUUUGGAGCUGGAGAGAAGGAUUUGGAAGUAGGGGUUAUGGACUGUCAAAAUUAGAUUUACAAGUUUUUCAGCAGCCUGCUCAGCACCUAUACAAAUUAGCAGUUAUCAGUUUCUAUAAAUCUGUGAUCAGCUUCAGAAAAGGAAUUUUCAACAUGUGCAACAUGUUGUACUAUGUGAACUUGCCUUGACAUAAUUGACAAUAUUAUGCUAAAAACAUGUAUUUAAGGAAUUCUCAAAUGCCUUAUGGACCUCUUAAAAAAUGUGUUUAACCAUUUGAUUUAAUUUAUAUGGCAUUAUUCCCUCUCAUAGAAAGUUUUUCUCCUUUGUUGUAAAACCUUUGGAACCUUACACUUUUAGUGGCACUUCUCUUGUAAAAAUUAAUAAUGAAAUUAUGACAAUUAAAAUUCACUCAGCCCUUUCAGGAGUUUGAUGAUUUGGUAACUUGUACAGCUACCUAUAACAUUAGCUCAGUAGAAAGCUAAUUCAUAAUCUGUCUUAAUGUUUAAAGUAGUAUCAAGAGCAUUAUUUGUGCAUGUUGUGAUACUGUGUUUUACAGCUGCAGAACUAUAAAAUUAUUAAUAAUGAACUACUUCAAACUGUACACAGCUAAAUUUCUGCUAAAUAAAUAUGGAAAAAUACUGUGUAAAA